AUGAAACUCCUUGUGCUGGCUGUUCUGCUUACAGUGGGCGCUGGUGAGAGCGGCAUCAGCCCGCGGGCAGUGUGGCAGUUCCGCAGCAUGAUCCAGUGCAUGAUCCCCAACAGCAAACCCUAUUUGGAAUACAAUGACUACGGCUGUUACUGUGGCCUGGGUGGAUCUGGCACUCCUGUGGAUGAACUGGAUGCGUGCUGCCAGGUACACGACAAUUGCUACACUAAGGCCAAGGAACCGAGCAGCUGUAGAUUCCUCGUGGACAACCCCUACACUGAAAGCUACAAAUUCUCAUGCUCUGGCACUGAGGUCACCUGCAGCGACAAAAACAACGCCUGUGAGGCCUUUAUCUGUAACUGUGACCGAAGUGCUGCCAUCUGCUUUUCAAAGGCCCCAUACAACCUGGAGAACAAGAACCUGGACAGUAAGAGGUGUAAAGCCUAA